CUCUUUGUAGUCUCCGCCCUCCCUCCCACUUCCUCCACCGUCUCUCACAUUCACAUCCGGUUUCGAACCAACCCGAGUUGAAUCAGUGAGUCGAGUUGAGUCAUGUCGGACGAGGAACACCACUUUGAGUCCAAGGCCGAUGCCGGAGCUUCAAAGACUUAUCCUCAGCAAGCUGGCACCAUUCGCAAAAACGGUUACAUCGUCAUCAAGGGUCGUCCCUGCAAGGUUGUUGAGGUUUCAACCUCUAAAACUGGUAAGCAUGGUCAUGCCAAGUGCCACUUUGUUGGAAUAGAUAUUUUCACCGCCAAAAAGCUUGAAGAUAUUGUGCCCUCUUCCCACAAUUGUGAUGUUCCCCAUGUGAAUCGUACCGACUACCAGUUGAUUGAUAUUUCUGAGGAUGGAUUUGUGAGUCUGCUUACUGAAAAUGGGAGCACCAAGGAUGACCUUAGGCUUCCCACUGAUGACAGUCUGCUUACUCAGAUAAAGGAUGGUUUUGCUGAGGGUAAGGACCUUGUUGUGUCUGUGAUGUCUGCCAUGGGUGAGGAACAGAUUAAUGCCCUGAAGGAUAUUGGACCAAAGAACUAGCUUCAACUGCCAGUUUGUUGUUCCAUUUAAGCAAAAGAUAUUUUUGUGUUUUCUUAUUGUUCAACCAUUUGGUUAUGGACUAUGGUCUUACUAGUGUUACCAACUGUGUUUGUGGAUGUGACAAACUAUUUAACAUUUUCUGUUUCCAUGUCUUUUUGUCUUAUAAAAAAAUAGGAAUAUUUUGUCUUUAAAUA